GGCACAGCAUGAUUCUAAACAGUGGCUAUCGCUGUUAUUUCGCGCUGUUACUUUGUGUGGCAGCAGCUGCAGCAGGCUCAGUGCCCGAUGACAGCGGCGAGAGCGCUCCCACCACUAGAAGCAAAUGGCUCUGCGACGCAACAGAUCUUUGUCUGCCAGAGGAGAACUUGUUGCCGGGAGAAGGGCAAGUGCAGCCCAGACAACGAUAUGAGAGUCAGCUGGAUUGCCGUCUAUCUUGUGGUAAAUACGGAGCUAUUUGGCCAAUGCCGACCGGUGAAUGCAGCCUGUCGCAUGAUCGGGUGCACUUCGAUCCGUGGAAGGUGCGCUUCAAUGUGGUGGCCCCCAACGAGGUGUCCACGCAGUUUCUGCGCGAGACGAAUCGCUUGUUUCUGAGCAAUCUGCUCAAGGAGUGCAUCCGGAACUGCACGCUGGCCGACAGCAAGGAGGUGCUGGUCAAGGCGACUGUGACCGACGGGAGCCUGGUGCUUAACUGGAACACAGACGAGAGCUAUAUGAUAGUGGUGCGCACCACCGAUAAAGUCAGCUUUGUGGACAUCAAGGCGGCGACAGUGUACGGCGCGCGGUUCGCAUUCGAGACACUCAGCAAUCUAGUAACGGGCAGUGUGACGAACGGACUGUUAUUGGUGAGCUCCGCUCGGGUCACCGAUCAGCCCGUCUAUCCACACCGGGGCCUGCUCCUGGACACUUCGCGCAACUUUUUGCCGUUGCGCUUUAUUCGCAACACCCUGGAUGCAAUGGCUACCUCCAAGAUGAAUGUGUUGCACUGGCAUGUGGUGGACACGCACAGCUUUCCGCUGGAAAUAACACGCGUGCCGGAAAUGCAAAGAUAUGGCGCGUAUUCGAAUGCUCAAACCUACUCCCAUGCGGAUGCCCUUAAUCUGGUGAAGUAUGCCCGUUUGCGGGGCAUUCGCAUCAUCAUGGAGAUUGAUGGACCCUCGCACGCCGGCAACGGUUGGCAGUGGGGUCCCGCAGCCGGACUGGGCAACAUGUCCGUCUGCCUGAACCAAUCGCCCUGGCGCAACUACUGCGUCCAGCCGCCAUGUGGCCAGUUGAAUCCAACCAACGAUCACAUGUAUGCGGUGCUUAAAGAAAUAUUUGAAGAUAUAGCCGAGUUGGGUGCACCCGAAGAGACCAUACACAUGGGCGGCGACGAAGUGUACAUACCCUGCUGGAACCGAACCGAGGAGAUUACUACCCAAAUGAAGGCCAGGGGCUACGAUCUAAGUGAGGAGAGCUUCUUGCGCCUCUGGUCGCAGUUCCAUCAGCGCAACGUAAAGGCCUGGGACGAUAUUAAUCUCCAGAUGUAUCCCAGCGUCAGAGAACCAAAACCAGUCAUACUCUGGUCCAGUAAACUGACCGAUCCGGAGAACAUUGAACAAUUGCUGCCCAAGGAGCGUUUCAUCAUACAAACCUGGGUCAGUGCUCAGAGUCCGCUCAAUAGGGAGCUGCUCCGAAAGGGCUAUCGCGUCGUAAUCUCCACGAAGAAUGCUUGGUAUUUGGAUCACGGUUUCUGGGGCAAUACCCAAUACUAUAACUGGCGCACGGUUUACGACAAUGCGCUACCAGUUGACUCACCCAACAAUCAGAAGCGGCAAGUGCUGGGUGGCGAGGUAUGCAUGUGGAGCGAGUAUGUUGAUCAAAAUUCUUUGGAGGCUCGCAUCUGGCCUAGAGCGGGUGGCGCCGCCGAACGUCUUUGGUCGAAUCCCAAGUCAUCGGCCAACUUGUCACAGCGUCGAUUCUAUAGGUAUCGGCAACGACUUAUAGCACGCGGCGUCCAUCCAGAUGCUGUGUUGCCACACUGGUGUGUUCUUCACGAAGGACAAUGUCUUUAAAUUAAAUCUUGUUAUUUGUACUGUUAAAAAAAAAAGCAAUAUUAAAAACAUUUUUUAUUA